GAUCUCUCUCUCUUUUUUUUUUCUUUCUCCUUCUUAUUUUUACCUACCACCCCCUUUUUGAUCUUGGAUGGCAAAUACAGGAAAUUAGGAGAGCUUUGCAGAUCCAUUCAAGAAGAAAAAAAAAACAGAGCGAGAGAGAAAUCAAAAGACAAGGAGGGAGCCCAAGCCAAAAGGAGGGGAAAAGAGGAAGAGAGACACUGGAAGAAUAUAGCAAGACAAUUCUUGUUUGCUGGUGAUUGUGGGUUUUUUUUGUGUUUUUUAUUUUUUUGGUGUGAUCUGGGUUGAAGAGGAGAAACCCAGGAAGGAGAGGCAGAAGACAUGCCUAGGAGGAAACAGCAGGCUCCAAAAAGGGCUGCAGGUUAUUUUCAAGAUGAGGAAGAUUUAAAAGGUGAAGAUGUGAAGGAGGACGAAGAGGAAGAUGAUGACAGCAGCUCCACAGCUCAACUCCAAGAUAGCACGUACUCACCCACUGAAGAAGAGCAAGAAACAGCCGGGGAAGCCAAAAAGUGCUAUAGUUACCAGAAUUCCCCAGCAAGUCAUCUAUGCAACCAAGAUGGGGAAAAUGAAUCUCUGCUCAGUGAUGUCAGCGACCAGAUGGGAGAUGUCAAAGGCACAUCUUCUUCUUCUAGAGAUGCUCAGGACCCUAAAGCAAGCCCUAUACCCAAGCUUCAAAUUGAGGCACAAGAUUGCAUAGAUAAAAUGAAGACCGCCUAUGCCAACAUACUGUCUGAUUCCUACUGGACAAGCCUGGGACUAAGUCUUAAGGCGCCUCCGUCAGAGAGAAAAAGGUGUGAAAGCCGUAACGGAGGCAACAAAAGUGAAUUCGAUUGGCACCAAGAUGCGCUUUCAAAAAGUUUACAGCAAAAUUUACCUUCCAAACCAAUAUCCAAAGCAAACCUCUUCAGUUCAGUCCAACUGUAUCGCCAAAACUCCAAGAUGUAUGGAACUGUUUUUACAGGGGCAAGUAGGUUCCGUUGCAGGCAAUGCAGUGCAGCUUACGACACUUUGGUAGAGUUGACCGUGCACAUGAAUGAAACUGGACAUUAUCAAGAUGAUAACCACAAGAAAGACAAGCACAGGCCUCCGGAUUACUCUAAACCAAGAAAAAGAGCAUUUCAGGAUAUGGACAAGGAGGAUGCCCAGAAAGUCUUAAAAUGCAUGUUCUGUGGGGACUCAUUUGACUCUCUCCAGGAUCUAAGCGUCCAUAUGAUAAAAACAAAACAUUACCAAAAAGUGCCUUUGAAGGAACCCAUACCAACUAUUUCUUCAAAAAUGGUCACUCCAUCAAAGAAGCGUAUUUUUGAAGUCAACAGGCCCUGCUCGCCAGACUCGACCACCGGUUCAUUUCUCGAUCAUGGUUCCGCACAGAAGAACACAAACACGCAGCUCUCCUCAAACAACCGAUAUGGAUACCAGAAUGGUGCCAGUUACACCUGGCAAUUUGAAGCCUGUAAAUCUCAGAUUUUAAAGUGUAUGGAAUGUGGAAGUUCACAUGAUACUUUACAGCAGCUUACCACACACAUGAUGGUUACUGGACAUUUCUUGAAAGUUACAAAUUCAGCAUCUAAGAAAGGAAAACAGCUUGUUUUGGAUCCCCUGGCAGUAGAGAAGAUGCAGUCACUUUCAGAGUCACCGUCUAGUGACACUCAGACAAAAACAACGAGUUCUCCUUCUGCUUUAUCCACAUCGGAUUCAAAAUCAACUAAAGAGGGUAGUGUGGAUAAUGCAGAUGAAGUACACAAGGAUGAAAAAGAAGACACUAGCGAUGAACGUCAAGAUACUUUUGAAAAACCCUUAGAUCCUACCCUAAAAUAUCAGUACCUACGAGAGGAAGAUUUGGAAGAUGGUUCAAAGGAAGGUGGAGACAUUCUGAAGUCCCUGGAAAACACAGUAACCUCGGCAAUCAACAAGGCCCAAAAUGGAACCCCUAGUUGGAGUGCCUACCCCAGCAUCCAUGCUGCUUACCAAAUCUCAGAGGCCAUGAAACCGUCAGUGUCCCUGGGGUCACAAGUAAUGCAAAUGAGGCCCACUUUUUCCAACAAGUUCAGGCCUAUUGCCCCCAAGUCCAAAUCUUUCUCUCUCACUCCAAAUACUCCACAUCAGUCUCCACCUACACAGGUGAAGGAUGAAGCUGAAGAUACGGAAACCUCGACAGACGCAACAAAAGAGACUAUACAAUCAGAAAUUGUAGGGAAAGAUGAAGAGUCCACUAUACCCGAGACUUUUUCUGAGUCAACAAGGAAAGACUUAAUCUCCCCUAAAAGAGAGGAGAAUGCUAAGAAGAUCUCUGAGAAUGAGCAAGUAAAAAUAAAUGAUCCCAUUGACCCAUCCCUUAGCAAUAAUGAUUGUUCUCCUUUGCGCAGCUCAGCAAAUCAGUCUCCGGAUUUACCUUGCGUGAAUCCACUUAGUGCUCUACAGUCUGUUUUAAAUAACCAUUUGGGUAAAGCUUCAGAGUCUUUAAGGUCUCCUGCUAGUGCAAACUCUAGCAUAAUUAAUAUGUUUCAGAAACAUACUUCAAACAGAAUUGAGAAGCCAGUUGCAUGUUUAACACCUCCACGUCCCACAAGCCAUUUUAUGUUUGACAACACUGACCAACCAAUUGAUCUUACCAAAUCCAAGUCCAAGAAGGUAGAGUCCGCCAAGGCACAGUCUUGCACGUCACCCCCUCAGAAGCACGCUCUAUCGGACAUAGCUGACAUGGUUAAAAUUCUUCCGAAAGCUACUACCCCAAAGCAUGUUUCUCCUAGAUUGGCAUCCAUAAAGAUGGAGAUAGACUCCAAACGUUUUGAAGAUGUCUCGACGGAAGUGUCUUCAUUGCAUAAAAGGAAAGGAAGACAAUCCAACUGGAACCCUCAACAUCUCCUCAUUCUACAAGCCCAAUUUGCUUCAAGCCUCUUUCAAACAUCGGAAGGAAAAUAUUUGUUGUCAGACCUCGGCCCUCAAGAGCGCAUGCAGAUUUCUAAAUUCACAGGACUUUCCAUGACUACUAUUAGCCACUGGUUGGCCAACGUAAAGUACCAGCUCCGAAAGACAGGAGGGACUAAAUUUCUGAAAAACAUGGACAAAGGACACCCCAUAUUUUAUUGCAGUGACUGCGCAUCUCAGUUUAGAACACCUUCUAGCUACAUAGGCCACUUAGAAACACAUCUAGGCUUCCAGAUGAAGGAUAUGAAUAAGUUGGCAAUCGCACAGCAUACCAAGGUUGAAAAGGAGGUUUCAAGGGUAGCUGUUCAAAAGUCACCCCAACCCACGGCAGGUGAAGAGGAAACAGACUGUAAGUUUAAGUGCAAGUUGUGCUGUCGGACAUUUGCGAGCAAGCACGCCGUCAAACUCCAUUUAAGCAAAACUCACAGCAAAUCGCCAGAACACCAUUCACAGUUUGUUACGGAAGCAGACGAGGAAUAAUUUGUAAAUUAUGCAUUUAAUCUUAGUUUGACUUUUUGUUUUUUCUCUCUCUGUACAGUUUAUGAAACCAAGAAAAUGGGCUUGUAUGCUUUCAUAGUAGUAGCAAACCUAAAGAAAUGUAAGGUGUCUGUCGAUGUAUAAAUUGGUCAAAUUUGCAUUAAAUAGGGAGGAAUAAUCUCCCAUUAUGCAUUCAAAUAUAAUUUCCAUUGGUUUUGCCAACGCUGCUAUUAACCAUUUCUCUGGUUGUGGGAUUUUAAUACCCUUUGCUCUAUUUUUUAGUACCAAGGGCCUCUUUAUAGUUGAUAAGGUUCUCGGGCACUUAAAAAUCUCAAUCCACGUCAUUCAAACAACUCCUAACGACAAAAUGUACAAUGAUUUCUCCAUUUUAUGAUGAUCUCCAAAGAAACAAUAAAGACUUGACUUUGUUCUGGGUCAUCCGCAUUUCCAUGUUA